UAUUAAGUAAAUAAGAAAAGACAUUUAAAAAAACUGCUGAAAUUGUGGUUUAUUGAGGUCUCACUAAUGUUUACGUUGCUUCUGUACUGCAGACAGAGUUGCUCACUGUGGGACAAAUCCCCGCAGACUGGAAUCGCUGUUAUUGCGAUCGGCGACAAAAAAAUAAAUAAACGAAAACGUGAAGAAAUCGAAAAGUAGGUGGAUUUAUGUGCCGGAUGACAUGGCAGGGUCAAACAUCAGUUAAGUGGUUAGAUCGGGUUUCAGCAUUUGUUUUUCUUUCCUUACAUAUUAAAGAAUAACACACUGAAGCUGUUCAACUGCUGAACACUAAAUAUGAAGUAUGAAAAUAAUGCGAUGGUGCGUUUUUACGCCCUUGGUCGGAGGCAUUUACAACUAAACACGGAAGACAAAACCCAAAACCAAGGUGUCCGAAAAUAGAAUCAGAUACACAAAUGCGAAGUAAAACACAUUCCUGCUGACACGAGAAAAAAACUGCUCAGUUUUCCCGAGGGUUGACACUUAGAGAGAGAAAAAAUCAAAACGCUGCGCUCUGGUCGGCACGAAGCCAAUAGGUACAACGGGAAAUGGGAAAUCAGGGUGGGGGUUUUGGAGAGGGCUGGACUUCCAGGCAACCAAUGAGAAGGGCGAUCAAGGUGCCCGUUAGGAGGUUAUAUACUCCAAAGACUUACUAUGAAAGCUGUACAUUUAAACGGAACGGUGCGGCGUGCAUAGGCACGAGCGUAAGAAUUAGGAUACACACACAAACGCACUUCGGGCUGAACAACAACAACAUUUAUCAACAUACAACCUCAGCAGGGAUCAGUCUAUCACUUUGGAUUCUUUUUUUCCGGGGGAAAUUUGUUUUUGGAGAUGUCCCACGUCCAAUUAUCAACCACGCUAGAGAGGCUGGUGGCCAGGAAGACCUUCCCUCUCCAGAGGCGCACCGGAGUCUGUCGAAACCUCUUCGGACCGGUGGAUCACGACGAGCUGAACCGGGAGAUGAAGGAAAAAUUGCGAGAGAUUUCCGAACGGGACCAGCAGAGAUGGAACUUUAAUUUCGAGGCCAACACCCCGCUGGAAGGGGAUUACGAGUGGGAGGCGGUGACUGCGGAUAAGACCCCGGUGUUUUACCAGGACUCUGUGCAGGACGGCAAAAUCCGAGUGCCCGUGCAGUCACCCUCGGAUUCUGCUCUCCCGGAGAGCCCUCGUGCGGACGCACUGGAUCGCCUGGCCGUGCCAGAGAGCAGCAGCUCUCCUUGCGCGGGGGAGAUCAACCAGGAGAACCGCACAGACAAGAUCAACUCAGGGAAAGCGACCACCGGGCAGCUCCCGUGUGUCAGGCGCAAGAGAACGGCCGCUCCUGACAACAACACACACAUCACAGACUUCUACGUGAAACGAAAGAGGCCUGCUGAUAUAAAACCGAGUGACAUGACCGCCUGUCUCCUCUCCAAGUCUCCAAUCCAGGUGGAACAAACUCCGCGGAAGAGGAUCCGUUGAAGGUGUUUUUUGUUCUUUUUGCACUAUUUUCCUGCGCAUUUUGAGGAUCACGGGAGACUGUUUCUCCACCACCCCGUCAACCGACCCACCCACUCAAGCAACUGAAACGCAGGAGAGAGAGAAGAGGACGGUGUUGGGGGGACAAAGAAGUCCGAACGGUCGGCUGUGGCUCGAUGCGCCCCGGCGGAGCGCAAUCCGAGCUCCUGACCAGGCUCAGGACUCUGAACGGUUUGGGGGUGGGGUGGUAGGGGGGGCAGGAGAAAAAGAAAGAGAGAGGAGAUUUCUCCGAAUGACUUCUAUCCAGUACAAAUGUAGCAUUUCAUUGUUGCUUUUGCAUACAGCCACUCGACAGUGUUAAAUGUUUUAACAUCUGUGCAAUUCUAAAAAAAAAAAAUUCUUUAAAAGAAUCGUCUACACUGGCCAAAAGUGUACAGCUUUAUAGAGACAAUACCUUAUAAAUGUUUAUUUCUGUUCUCGUUUGUGUAUGCGUGCGUGUUUAUUAUUAUUUGUUUUCCCUUUGUUCGGUAAAAUGUAUAUUUUUUAAGUCUAUUCUAACUUAUAAUUUAUUUAUGUUCGUUCAUAUUUGAUAAAUGCCUUGUUGAUUUAGCCAAAGGGCAUAUUUUGUAAUUUUAAUUUUAUUAUUUACAUUUUUCUUUUGAAAUUUUGUGGGUUUUUUUUUUUUUUUUUGGUUUGUUGUUCUUAACUUUCGCAAUCAUGUAGCUUCCUCAUAUUAGUCCCACACUUGAAAAAAAUAGUUUUCUUUGUAUCUCUGAGCCGGUUUCAUUUUGUGUGUAUUUUUUCUAUACAAGUGACCUAAUUAUGUCUUGCGAAUGACGUGAAUAAAAAUUUCUU